CACCAUCCCCAGCCUGUGACAGUAGGCAGUAGUGAGAGCAGCAGCGGCGGAGAGAGACAGCGGGACAGAGCGCUGCUUCACCCGGCUACACACCCGCCACCACCGCCACCCAACGCCGGACCCGCCGCCCUCCGCCCUGUCCCCGCGCGCUGCAGGCAUGUCCGUGUCCACCGACUUCGGGAAUCCGUUACGGAAAUUCAAGCUGGUGUUUCUGGGGGAGCAAAGCGUGGGGAAGACGUCUCUGAUCACACGGUUCAUGUACGACAGCUUCGACAACACGUAUCAGGCUACGAUUGGAAUAGACUUCCUAUCAAAAACCAUGUAUCUGGAGGACAGAACGGUGCGGUUGCAGUUGUGGGACACAGCGGGUCAGGAACGCUUCAGGAGCCUCAUCCCCAGUUACAUCCGAGACUCCACUGUCGCUGUGGUGGUUUAUGACAUCACAAAUGUGAAUUCGUUCCAGCAGACCUCCAAAUGGAUCGAUGAUGUCAGAACAGAGCGAGGGAGUGACGUCAUCAUCAUGCUUGUGGGCAAUAAAACAGAUUUGGCUGAUAAGAGGCAGAUCACGAUUGAGGAGGGAGAGCAGAGGGCUAAAGAGCUCAGCGUGAUGUUCAUCGAGACCAGCGCCAAAACAGGAUACAACGUCAAACAGCUGUUUCGGCGUGUGGCCGCUGCCCUACCCGGGAUGGAGAGCAUGCAGGAGACGAGCAAAGAGGGCAUGAUUGACAUCAAGCUAGACAAACCGCAGGAGCCGCCCACCACCGAAGCAGGCUGUUCCUGUUAAUGGCCCUCAACCAAUCAGACGGCUCCAAUUUCAUCUACACCACAUGCUUGUUGUGUUGCUUCCUAUUGGUUAGCUUCCAGUUGAGUUUUUUUUUUUUUUCUUGAGAUUGGAUAUUUGGCACUCACAUUUGACCAUGGGUUCAUCCUCCGGUUGGAAACAGUGUUACGUCCAUUUACGUUGUAAAAUAGUGUACUUUAUUAACGAAAUUGCCAAAAAAAUGUCUUAAAAAUGUAAGAAAAAGAACAAAAAAAAUCCAAGAAAAUCAACAAAUGUCCUGAACAAACAGUAACAUAGUAGUUUUUGGUUUGUUUUUUGUUCUUUUGUAUUUUAUUUUUUAUAUUCGAGGAAAUGCUUGAGAAGGCAACAUUUAAACACCCUUUUGCUAGAAGGAGAAAGAUUACAAAAGUAACAGACAGGAUAUACAGAACCUGAACCAUAGUAAAAUUAUUAUAAUAAUUACUGAAAUAACGAUAAUACAAAGCGAGCCUGCAUGCAAGACUUUCUUUUUUGGGUUGUUCUAAUGUUUUUAUUCCACUAUAAAUUCUGUCAGAUGGUGUAUUAUGUGUACACGACUUUGAAGGUGUCCAUAUAAAUGCUUACCUACACCUGUAACUUAAUGCACUGCGUCCAGAUUUCACCUUAUUUUUUUAAUUUUGUAAUAUUUUUAAGUUUCGUAAGUGUUUCGGUGUAUUCGAGUGAUCUAGACCCACAGUAGAGGCCCUAGGCUCCAACAUAGACCGUCAUUAUAGACUCUCUUCAUUCUUCGUCACAUCCUGAAUGGUGAACGUCCUGGUUUGUACGUACAGUAUGUUCUUGUACAGUUCUUCACGAGUUUCUCUCACACAUGCAGUGUGAAACCUUUUAGAUAUUUGGGAAUUUGGAGCGAGAAGCUGAGCAUUAUCUGCUGUUUUGAUGGAGGCACGCUUUAGGUAGGCUUUCUCUCACGCUUGUAAGAUGUUUCCUCAGCUGUAAUCGUUGUGUUACAAAUUGUACAAGACCUGAGUAUACUGUAAGAGCUCUUAAAAAUAUACAUCAUAUUACAAUUAGGGAUGCACCAAUAUGAGUCUUUCUUUUACAAUACACUUACCAAUAAGUAUAGAAUAAUAUCAAUACUGAUCUGAUACUGUUCCUCACACAUCUUCCAGUGAUGUCUUCUUGACCCAGCUCUAAUCUCUUUUUACUGCUAGAAAAUUCCUGAAACUGCCAAAAAGUGUUUUUAUUAAUCUAUACAAGGAAUUUAAAAUUGGAAUGUACUGAAAAAUAUAUAGUAAGAAAAAACAAAUUAUCUGUUGUCGCUGUUUUUGGAUACUUUGCAAAGUCUACAAAUGAAAAUGAAGCAGAUUAAGAAAUACAAUCCUUACAGCAAAAAGUUUGAGUAUAAUGCAAGUAAACAACAGAUCUGUUUAUUUUCUGGACCUUUUACAAACAUUUCUGAUCCUGAUCACUCAGCAGAUGCAGAGACUGGAGCAUUGAAAAGCGGGUCAGCUGAUUUUCGGGUCUAACUGAUUUUCUGAGCUGGAUUACCUGCUGACAGUUGAUGAGAACCCUGAUUAGAUGUACUGUUGUACUGUAUCUCUAGUUUCUAAAACUCAAAAACUGAGUUAUGAACCUAGAAUGUCCACAUUUUGGGCAUUGGAUUUAGUCAUUUUCAGGUACCCAGUCCAUCUAAGUUUGUAAAUAUCAGGAGCAAUAUAUAUAUCGUACCUCUUCUCGUUUUGGUGUAUCCCUAAUUACAACAAACUUGAGAUUUCUCUUCUUAAGACAGAAAAAAAACUGACACAGGUCGACUUAGAUAGGUCUUAACCUGUUAACAUGCUGUAGUGUGUAGGUUUCCUUGUAAAUAGGGUCGGUCAUAUGCUCUCAGAUAAGUGAGAUCAGUGAGUAUGUGGAAAAUUCUCCAGAGCACGAUUAGCCAGCUAACGAGAAUUAGCAUUAUUUAGGUGUUGUAUAGGCGUGUCUUGGCCAGGGGAACACUGUGGUCAGCCCCUCCUCUUUUUUGGGCCAGUAAUCAGUAGUACGCUGGCUGUAGGAGUCAGAACAGCACUGAGCGGUAGCAUACGUACGUACACUACUUUUAUUGGUGUGAAUCUUUAAAGCACUUUUUGAUGGAAGAUAGAGGAAGAGAUGUAAAGGUUUCGGGGUUGAUGUCUAAUAUCUAAUAAUGUAUCUGUUAUUCACUUCCUUUUAGGAUGGGUUUAAUGAACACCAUGUAGGUGACCCAUCUGACCCAUCUCUAGAGCUGCCAGAACAAAGUUAGAACUAAACUGACUCUGACUUUCUUUUUUAAAUGAGCCAAAAACUGGUGCCACCUGAAGGCAUUCCUGAUGCUUUAGCUGCCCUGCUGUUAAAAAUCCAGCUGGUUUCAGAUGGUCUAAGCUGGAGCACUUUGAUGAUCAAGGUGAAUGAAAAGCUGCUCAUCCAGACAAAAAACAUAUCCUAUACUCUUGACCAGCAGAGAGGAUGUUAAAUAAGAUUUAUACAUUUUGUUUGACCAGCUAUAUAUAUAUAUAUCCAGCUAAGAAUUUUUGGUUAGUAGAUUGUUUUCUGUACUUUCCAGUUCCAGUAGAAAUUUCAAUCUGUCAAGUUUUCUGGAUGUUCUUAGAAAGAUUUUAAUCAAUGUUUUUAAAAAGUUUUGGGAAUGUUUGAAAUUUUAACAUUUCUGUAAUUUUAGUAGCUGGGAACGUUAUGUAAGGAAUGUUCUAAUAACAUUGUGAUGCAAACCAUUAUUAUAUCACAUGUUUUCAGAACAUUAUAGAACAUUAUUUCUGUAACGUUACAGGCUAACCUUCCUGGAACAUUUUCUAAACUAUCAAACUAACAAAACCUUCCCUAUACUAGUACGCUAACCGUAAGUUAUAAUUGAUAUAGGGUUAUGCUGGUCAUAUUAGUUAAGCUACAUGGUCAAGAUGAUAUUAUGAUACUGUGAUUCUGUGAUACACAAUAUAUAUCACAAGAUAAUUCUUUACAAUACUUUAUUGCAUCUGUGUUACCGAAGAUGAUGAAAUAUAUAUUCCUAAAUAAGCAAAUACCAGAAAUUAUGAAUUUAUUGGUCAGUUUCACAGAAUUUCACAAUCAAAAUUCUUCACCACAGGUUUAUUAACCCUUUUCAUUUGAUUAUAGCCCCUAAAUGUGGAGAAAUUAAGCAGUAAGCCUAAUUGGAGGGGAGAUUCUUAGAAAGUUUAGAGCUCCUAUGUCAAUACAAAUUUAAUAAAAAAUAUGUUGGCUCAUAUUUUAUGGAUGGCAAGCAGAAAUACAGUACAUCGCAGUAUCAAUAUUUUGUCCAACUCUUACUAUUUGCUGGUCAAGAGCUUAGCAUUUAUUCAUACUAUACUGGUUGACAGUAUACUUUGGUCAGGUUGAUCACACUUACAGAUUAACUAGCUACACCAUCAAACUGAUCAACCAGUUGAACCAAGAUUAUCAACUUUUUUUCAGCAGGCUAUUCACAAAUAACAAUGCUCAGCUUAUCUGUAGUGAAUGCUGGAGUGACUGAUACAGUGUUGUGGAAAAGUAUUUGCAAAUCUAUAGAUUUCUCAUACUGAUAUUUUUAUGUCGAUUAUCAAACAAACAAAUUUAAUAUCAGACAAAGAUAACCUUAGUAAACAGAUAUUUAAAUUUAUUAAGGGAAAAAAAUAUCCAAAGCAAUCUAGCCCUGGAUGAAAAAAGUGUUUUUCCUCUAAACCUAAUAACUUAGUUGUGCCAUCCUUGGCAGCAACAACUGCUAUCAAGCUUUACUGAUAACAGAUUAAUUUAUGGGGGGGGCAAACACUUUUUCAUAAAGCAGACAAACCAAGUCUCCCUGAAGCUGCGGGAGUCUCCCGCAUUUCGGUAGUGGCUCCCUGAUGCCCGCGAGUCACAUAUAAUCUCCCGGAAUUCAAAACAGUGCCCCAAACGCGCACACAGGCGACAGACUUUUUUUCUCUAAUCACGUGUGGGAAGGAGAGAGAGAAAACAGAGAGGGUUCUGAUUGGCCUGUUCUCUGCAAAGAGUCUGUGAGACAGCCAAUCAGUUUUUAGUGUGGGCGGGCAGUGUUUUCCCCCCCUCCCGGAUGGGAUUUGUUCAGCGAGUGAGAGAAGCAGAUCAUGGUGGAGGCAAUAUUAAUAAUUAUUGUAAUAUGAUAUCAAACGUUUUUGAUGUGCAAUUUUUUGUGAUAUUGUAACUGUCAAUUUGGCAAAUAAAGGUUUUUUU